CAAUCUUUAUAUCUAUUUUUACAUUCUUCUUCGCUCCAUAUUUAUCUACUUAUGUUUAUUUUUCGUUCAAUUUUCAGUUUUUCUCCGUUCUCUUCUUCUUAAUGCUGUACGUCCUCGGCAUAGGAAGCGCCAUCGCUCUUGCAGGUUCCCUCAUCACAAUUAUCAGGGAUCAGUUUCCAAAUUUGAAACACAUCUACGUCGUGCUCGGCACGGUUACCUUUGGAUUUUGCGCUGGAAUUAUUUACUGCACACCUGGUGGUCAGUUCAUGCUGGAAUUGGUCGAUUACUACGCGGCAUCUUUCGUGGUGUUCAUCCUGGCCACUCUAGAGAUAACUGGUAUCUUUUGGAUUUAUGGGUUAGAAAAUUUCUUGGAUGAUGUGGAAUACAUGUUGAAGAGAAGGCCAUCAGCCUAUUGGAGGUUCUGUUGGGGUGUGAUUACUCCACUUUUGCUGGCUGUGAUCCUAGUUUAUACCUUAAUCAGUUUGACACCCUUGACAUACAGUGGUAUCUCGUACCCUGACAGUGCACAUGCUGCUGGAUGGACCAUUUGCGCAUUUGGUAUUCUACAAGUACCAUUUUGGAUGAUCUACGCCAUAAUGUCGAAAAGAAAUUUAUCCUCGCUCGAGAUGAUCAAGUCAGCCUUCGUACCAUCCGCGGACUGGGGACCGAAAAACUCGAAAGAACUGGCCUCUUGGCGCGAAUUCAAAGAGAUGAGAAGAAAGAUUCGAGAGAAACGACAAUGUUCGAAAUUUAAGCAAUUUGUUUACGUAAUACUCUGCUGGGAGGACAAAUUGUGACUUCGUUCGUUGUAUUUAUUCACAUUCGUUUAUAGGAAUCCUUUUCGAUUCUGAAUCUUGCCGUCCUAGAAGUAAUCUAUGCCUGCGUAGUUUCUCGCCAUAACCACGUUCAUUCUACGCAAAAUUGCUAGACUGAAAAAUUAUUAUGUAAAAAAAAAUAAGACGAGUUUCGAAUCUUCCAUA